AUGUCAAUUGCUCCAGUAGCCCCAGUAAGCAACAAUGGAGUCUCAACGACGACGUUUCAUGAUCUCCCUGAAGAAACCACGGCUGAAAUCUUCUCAAGACUCUCUGUAAAAGACCUAAUCAAAUCAAGCUCAGUGAACAAAGCAUGGUACUCUCUUAUCAACAGCCCAUCUUUUAUUUCCUCUCAAAUUCGUAAAGCUGUUACCUUUUGUGAUGAUAAUGCUGUGCUUAUAAUCCCCCCUUUUAUCUCUCACCAAAAUUAUUGCUCUUUAAUUUCUGCUGAUACUUCUCGAGUUAUCGAAAAAUUCGACAUUCCCUUUGUUACCAAGAGUGGCAGUUUGAAGCUGAUUGCGCAAGUAGAUGGGAUGCUUUUGUUAACUGAUUUGCAUAUAGAUUAUGCUGCUAGGGAGUUGUAUUUGUGGAACCCUUUUGUUAGGAGACAUAGGGUUCUUGUUUCGAGUUGUUUUAAGAGGCUUUUGGAUGAUAGGGAGAAGAGUUAUUAUGUUGUCGGGAUGGGGUAUGAUAAGGGUACGGAUGAUUAUAAGGUUAUUAGGAUUGUUUACGUUCAGGAUGGAAAGGGGAAGCAGUUUGGAGAGGUGGCUCCGAAGGUUGAGGUUUAUAGUUUGAGGAAGAACACGUGGAAGAAGAUGGGGGAUUCUCGGGUUCCGAGGCUUGUUAAUGAAAUGGGGGCUUAUGUUGAUGGUAGGUACUACUGGGUAGAGAUGAAACAACCUGGAACUGAGGAGUUUAAUAGUUUGAAGGGGAAUGAGUUGAAGAUAAUGUCAUAUGAUUUUGAUACGCAGUUGUUUGGGGAAUUUAAUGUGCCAAAUCGUGUUCCCCGUCUAUUUGGAGUUAUUGCCCCGUUUAAGCUCAUGAGUUUUGAAGGUUCACUCGCUCUUUGUACUUUGGACCCAGAUUGCUACAAUCUAGUGCCUCCCAAGUAUCCUUUUCCUAUAUGGUUGAGGAGGCAACGAAAAGGUGUAGGCUCUUGGGUUCUACUUGCUACAGCUGUGCUCAAACAAUAUGGGCAUCCUUUGAAUAUUACAAAGACUGGAACUCUUAUAGUAGAGUCAUUCCAAUCGCAGCGUCCUGAUGAAACGCACAUAGUCUCUAUUAAUUUUAAGAGCAGGAUUUCUAAAUAUCAUGGAUAUGGUAAGCACGGGGGUCCAGAUGUUUCCCGUGAAGUCCUUGCUCCAUCUACUGUAGACACCUCGUUUCCACAGAGUCUAAUCAUGUACGAGGGAGGCAAAUCACUGUUGAAAUAUGCAAAGUGA